AUGUCGUCCAUGAAAAGGAAGUUCUAUGAGAGGGUCAGUCAGGCCUGCGACAUGUGUCGCAGGAAGAAGAUGAAGUGCAAUCAAAAGCUCCCGUGCCAGACUUGCAAAGAUCGUGACUUUCACUGUGUAUAUUCGGACAGAAAAUCCCGACGAACCAAUUCAUCCCGACGACUUGGUGACGCCUAUCGGUUGAACGAGCCGCCCCCGGCCGACAUCCGCUCCCAAGAUAGGUCCGAAGGAGCGAGACCGAGUGAAAACGCGCAUGGUGUAGUGCAGAAGAGCAUGAUAAUAGCACCUAGUGACAUACGGGAAGUUCAGCAAGAAGUGGUGGAAGGGAAGAAUGCGCACACCACAGGAACCGAGUUCUACGGCAAUAGCUCGAACUUUGCCCUGUUGAGCCAGCUUUUUGCCACGGCCAGAAAGAUCUCUGGAGAUCACCCAGACAUACCGACGAAUACAGUUCAGACCCCAUUGUCCAUUGUGGAUAUGCUCUACGAUGAUCAGUCCAGCAUACCUGAUUCAGCUCCGCCGGCCCCGGUCACGGCGGCAGGAAGAACAUCUCAACUUCCUAAAGCUUCUGAGGUUAUGCCCAUCGGAAAGGAAUCGCCGCCCACCAUGCGGCCAACAGGUUUGGGCCGAGAUAUCACGGCAGGACUGGGCCAAUCAGGGGUGUGGGAUUGCUUCAUUGGUAGUCCGAUGAGGCUAGAAAUGGAGUACGUCAACCUCUUCUUCGACAAUAUCCAUAACUCACUUCCAUUUCUGGAACGAAAACACUUCAUUGAACGAUGUGAGGAGGAGAUCUGGGUGAGGAGCACAGUUAAGCAGCUGCGGCGAGAUAAGAUGCAUCUCUUUGCUCUUUACAAUGCAGUGCUAGCCGUAGUGGCGCUAACUGCAGGUCCCGAUGUCUUUCUUUCGCUGCGUACUGAGCUUGAAGUUAGUUUGACAGAACGCUCAGCAUCUAGACCCCCGAGAAACGCCCCUUCCUCUAUUUUCCUUUCCAAAAUCUACUUUCGCAGGGCACGUCAGUUGCUAGGAGACAUUUUCGAGGUCUGCUCCAUUGACAGUGCCCAAGCCUUGCUGUUACUGUCUAUAUAUUCUCAACAUGCGCUCAAGCCACAUGCCUGCUAUAUGUACAGUGGCAUGGCUGUGCGAACUGCACUCGCUAUCGGCAUUUCCAGCGAGGAUCGACACUAUUCUGAUCACGACAAUUUGGCCAGAGCCCGAACAUGGUGGGCUAUUUACUACCAGGAUGUCGAAGCAUCCUGUCUAUCUGGAAGGUCCAGUACAUUGGCAGGGCCAAAUGAAUACGGGCCGUCCGACACCAGCCGCAUGUCAGCAGAGUUCGCUCCAUCCACCUCUCAGAACCAUCCAAACGUGCAUGAAAAUGAAGGCGCACUUGUAACGGUCUUAGCUGACCUCUCAGUGAUAUUACAACGCGCAUCCAAGCGUUUAUACCAUUCCUCGGGCGCACUCUCACCCGAAAGCAAGCCACAGUUGGCGACCACAUUGGACCAGGAUUUGCUCUGUUGGAAGCUCCAUUUGCCAACGUAUCUUAACUUAGAUCUCGACACCUUCACAGAGAAUGAGUGGGUGAGCAAACAAAAGUUGAUCCUGCAACUACGCUUCCAUCACGCGCGGAUGUUCAUUCACCGACCCCAUCUGUCCAUAGCAAGCAGUGAUCUUCAAGUUGAUCAUAUACACAUCUGCCUGGAGGCAGCGCAGAAGACAAUCGCUUUAACAUAUGACGCGUAUCAGCAUCGCCAUUACUUCCGAACAUGGUGGUACAACACGUUCUACGUUCUGUAUGCCAGCUUAAUUAUUCUCCAUACCAUUCUUCUCGGAUAUUCACAGCCUUCGCGAGAGACACUUAUUCAAGACGUGCAAAAGGCCGUGAAAAUCCUGGAGUCCAUGAAAACACUGAAAGUAGCCCAACGAUGCGCCGACGUGGUAACUGAAAUCCUUCACGUCUGCAAAUUCUUUGUCGAGAGAGGACAGCGAGAGCAUCAGGCGCAGACUAUCCCAAUGGGUCAGGCCAUAGGAACUCAUCAUCAACGUUUCCCAAUCCAUGAGAGCAGCUCGCGACGCGAGACCCUACCUCAAAUGCCGAAUUAUAAUCAAGAGGAAGUGGUGCAUCUUGACUCACCAUAUGCUAACCUUUUCUCAUCACACGAUGACCUUCUCACAUUUCUGGGAGAUCCGGCACCAUUGGAAUGUUUUGCACUCGGCGUAGGGAGCUCUAGCCCCAUGGACUUUGACUAUUCAACUUCCGUCGAGGGCUGUAGGGGCAAUGCUUAUGUGUGA